GUAGUGGUGUUGGGCGCUUAUGGAAGUCUCAUAAAAUUGAGUGGACCGUGUCCACAUAUGGAACAUCGCGUCAACGACUGAUUUCCUUUCCCGCCUGUCCCGCUGUCGUAGGAGCUUCAUUCUGCAUAAUAGUGCCCUCUCUAAAAUCAACCAUUGUCCAACUGUGUUUUGUGUCUAUACCGUUCAGAUAGUCGUUCCGGUAUCGUGCUCCGACGGUGUCAUUUAUCGAGACCCCGUUGACUAGCAUAAAUUUGUGAUAUACGAAUCUUCCGCCUGGUUUCAGCAGCAACAUGAGUUCGCAGAAGUUCCUACAUCUAAGCCUCACCAGUCCCCAACUGUCCUUGGGUGCAAGUUUUAAUACAAACGAUUUGUCUGAGUUCAACCGGGCACUCCGCAAUGGAGCGAACGUGAAUCUCCGCGAUCGUGACUCCCGCUAUUCGGUGUUUGAAUUAGCAUGCAAAACUCCCGGCAAGAAACAAUUCAUCCGAGCCUGUCUGAAUCAUGGAGCAAUUGUGUCAGAGAAAAACCCCGAGACCUACGAAUAUCCCAUUCAUCUUGCAGCCCUGUCCUUCGAUAGCGAAAAUCUGUCGCAGUUGCUUGAAGUUCAGCGAAUCUUUGUCGAUCAGAAGUUUGAGGAUCGUACGGCAUUGUAUUUGCUAUUUGAGCAGAUCGAUAGUGAUAACUGCAAGGAGGUGUUUGAGUGUAUCAAGUUGUUGCUAAAAUAUCACGCCAACAUUAACGCAACAGAUGAAAACAGUGUGUCUCCGAUAGCGCUGCUAGUGACGGCCGGUAACGACGAUUGGCGCAAAGAAAUACUGGAUUACUGUCUACAAAACUACGCUGUGAACGUAGACUUUCGCCGUAAACAAGCACGAAAAGCGAUUGCGAAACAUUUUCCGGGGACUCCAAUUCCAGAAAUCGACAUGGAAAAAGUGACUGUGGAAAUUCUCAGGAACAAACUGGCUGCUGGUACGGAAGAAGAUUUUCUCACAGCAUAUGAGAAAUACAUCGCACAAAACAAUGGGAAGAACGAUCACGUGCUUCGGGAAGAAGAUUGUGUCGAGCUUCUAUCUGUCGCAGUGUACCGGGCGAAGCUGUUAGCUGCCCAGAAGCUACUAGAAGGUCAGAUAGCAGACGGCAAAUUUGUUGGAAAACCUGCGCUACUCUCCGGACUUUUGGCCAAGUGCUGUAAUCGUGGAAAUGUUCCGAUUUUAGAAUGGUUGCUCAAAAUCAUACCGGCUCAUGAGGUUGGGUUGAUAAACGAAGAUCCGCUUCUGUCAUUGCUGGUGAAGCAAAUCGACGUGUACAAGGACAAGAACAAGUGUCCCUUCUUUAAAAGCAUGGGAAUUUUAUUGAACGAUCCGCGCAUUGAGGUCGACAAGAUAGAUGUGAAACGGUACACCGCGAUGCACUACGCUGUGAAGUAUAAGAUCGAUCAUGCUCAGGAGCUGCUGCUUGCCAAAGGGGCCUACAUCGGUGGCGAGGAUCUAUUCGGAGACUCUCCGAUAAGCGAGAUGGAUUCGUUCCUGUUGGAGAAACAUUUGGACUCGUGCGUGACGGACAACGAUCGCAAGCCGGGCGACGAGGACUACGAAGUGAGAAUUAAUUUCUCCAACUUCAUACCACCAGCAUACAAGCCGAACUACGAAAAGCCGACCAUGAUGCCGUUCAGCGGUCUGCCUUACGAAGACGAGAUGCAACCGAUCGUACGGAUGGCACAAUCGUCCAGCACCAAGCGACUCCUUCGACAUCCGGUGGUAUCGAGCAUUUUAUUGCUGAAGUGGCUAAAGCUGAUUUGCUUUUUCUACAUCAAUCUGUUAGUUUGUACGACGUUCUUCGUUGCGUUUACGAUGUAUGUAGUGUUCUGCUACGGUCGAGAUGAUGCCCCAUUCAAGCAGUUCCUCUACUUCCUCUCGAUUGCCGGAUGGAUAUAUCUGAUAGCGCGCGAGUUGAUCCAGUUUUUGCUGAAUAUGCGCGUGUACGUACGAUCGAUAGAAAACGGCAUGGAAGUGGUGCUCAUCAUUGCGUCCGGUGCCGUGUUGAUGCGCGAGUUUGGCGAUGAAACGCGUCGGGUGGCCUCGGCAUGCGUUAUUCUUCUGUCGGCGUUGGAGUUUACGUUACUGGUCGGAACCCUGCCCGUUCUGUCCAUCUCGACUCAUAUGGUUAUGCUAAAAACGGUUUCGAAGAAUUUUCUCAAGUGCUUAGUUUUGUACUCGAUAAUACUGCUAGCAUUUGCGUUCAGCUUUUACACCCUUUUCCGAGUGAGUGGAAGCGCCAAACCCGUUGACGCGAACACUGACGGACCGACUGCCGGGCAAGGUGAUGGAGACGACGAUCAGUUCAAUCAGUUCGGGGAGGUUCCGCUUGCAUUGAUGAAAACAGCGGUCAUGUUGACUGGAGAAUUUGAAGCGGCGAACAUAAAAUUCCAACAGUCGAGCUUGAGCUAUAUUAUUUUUGCUCUUUUCCUGUUUUUUGUUUCGAUCGUACUGUUCAACCUCAUGAAUGGUCUUGCUGUCAGCGAUACCACGACCAUCAAAGCAGAGUCGGAAAUCAUUGGUAUUACACAGAAAGUGUUCCUCAUCAACAAGUACGAAAAUGCGCUGAAAACAUCAAAACCCAUCCGCUGUGUCACUGAGCGUUUGGCGUGGUUGUUUCCCUCGAACAGUUUGCAGCUAUUUUCGAGUGCCGAACCGCUGAAAUACAUCGCGGUAAAGCCAAACCAGUCGAAUGCGAUCAUGAUAUCGUCACUGGUUUCACGAUACACGCACGACGUGGAGAAGGGUGAUCUCGAGCUGGACAAAAAGCUGGAAGAUGAUCAGUUGCUGCAGCGCAACAGAAAGUACGGAACCGAAUGUUGCAUCAUGCCAUGCUUGAACAAUAUGGAUGGUAAAAUAGUAAAAUACGCACUGGAGAUACUUCACUCACGCGUAGAAAACGUAGGGUCGAUCGAGUACCGUAUGUCGCGUAUAGAGCAAAAUGUGGAACGGAUGGCAGUGGAACAGGCAGAACUCAGGAAGCUAAUGCAAUCGCUAGUUACCACGCUACAAUCGAAGUCAUAAGUUUUACGAAUGCCCCAGUUGUCUCAGACCCGGAAUACGAGCGGCAUGUUAAUUUGUAUGCAUCGUUUUAAACGGCAUUACUACUGUUAUUUUAAUAUUACACUUAUCUCGAAAGCGAACACGAAUCUUAACUACCAUUUUGAUACAUGCAUUGAAGCAUGGCUUACACGAUUUAAAAUAAUGUUAAUUUUAUCACUAUCAAGUCGAGACAUUCAUCAUCACAGUGCGUUUCGGGUAUAACAAUUGCUAGUGGAAUUAACAACGCAUUUGUUUCAUGUUAUGUUUGAACAAGUGUUUUAUAUGAGCAUAAAAAAUGGUGAAAAUUUAGAUUGCACUGUUAAGUGAUUAUUGGAAUUUGGCUGCUAUUACUGAAAUGAAAUAAACUGUUAACGAUUUACAAAUAUCGUUUAAUUCACCACAUUUAAUGGGUGUG